CACUUUCUCUCUCUAUAUAGCCAUUUUAUCAUCACGCUUUCUUCUCUGAACUAACUAUAUUCCUAUCACUCUCCCUUUUCUGGCCAUUUUUAUUUAAUUUUCUUUGCAUCCAAAUUUCAAAUACUGUAUAUAUUGUUUUGGAGAAUGUUUUUACCGGCGCCAUUGCAGUCGGCCGAUCAUUCAUUUCUCAUGUGAUCGCCGCGUUUCCAUCAACAUAAUUCUCACUCGCCGCUAAGCCGAUCAUCUGUGAAUCGAUUUUUGAAAUCGACGGAUACAGAUUGGGAGAGAGAGAUUUGCGAUCGGAUUCGGCGGUGAUGGCGUCGAGCACGCUCAGGAAGGCGAUAGGGGUGGUGAAGGAUCAUACGAGCAUAAGCCUCGCCAAAGUGACGGGCAACGUCGCACCGGAUCUCGAGGUUUUGGUGGUGAAGGCGACCACUCACGAAAACGAGGCUGCAGACGACAAGUACGCAAAGGAGAUUCUGAUUUUGAUGGCAUCUUCGAGGAUAAACGUGAACGCUUGUGUAUUUGCGGUUUCGAAGAGGCUGACCAGGACCAGUGAUUGGAUAGUGGCGUUGAAGGUUUUGGUGCUUGUGCACAAGCUGUUGAUUGAAGGGGGCCCUGUUUUUAGACAGGAGAUGCUGUUUGCCAGCAGGAGGGGGCCGAGGGUGCUUAACAUGGCUGGUUUUCGCGACGAUGCACACUCUAGCUCGUGGGAUCAGUCGUCGUUUGUGAGGGCGUACGCGCGGUAUCUGGAUCAGAAGCUGGAGACUAUGGCGUGUGGGAGGAAGAAUCUGAGUGUUGGUGAUGGUGGUGGUGCGGGAUAUGGGAGAGAUGAAGAUGGUUUUAGGAGGGCUAAGUCGUGCGAUGACUUUAGUGGUGGUGGUUCGCGAAUGGGGAGAGAUGAGGUGUUGUGGCUCAAGGAUUUGUCACCGGAGAGGGUGUUGGAUAGGCUGAACCAGCUGCUUCGCGUCCUUGGCCGCUUCUUGGCAUCUAGGCCGACAGGGGCUGCAAGGAGCGCGAGGAUGGUGCUUGUGGCGCUGCGCUUGCUGGUGAGGGAUAGCUUUGUGCUCUAUGAUGACAUAUGUGAUGUAUUGAAGCAUCUUCUUGAGUGUUUCUCGGAUAUGGAGUAUGCUUACCCUGUCACGGCCUUUGAUGCUUAUGUGAAUGCUGCAAAGAUGAUUGUUGACCUCAAUGGCUUCUAUGAUUGGGUUAAGGAUGUGGGGAUAGUGAGGCCUUAUGAGUUUCCGCAAGUGGAGAAGAUCAGUGAUCAGCUUCUGGGACUCGAGAGGCUGAUGAGGGAGAAGGCGAAUAGGGCGGAGAGCCUCAAGGAGGAGGAAAGCUUCUCACAGGUCAAAGAUGAGGGAGAAGAGGUGAGUGUGAGUGACAUUAAAGCACUCCCCCCACCGGAGAAUCCCCUGCAAGACCUAGUGAAUCUUGAUGAUGAUGUAUCGGUUGAUCAAGAAAGCAAUAAGUUGGCAUUAUCUCUGUUCUCUGAGUGGGUUGAAUUCCCAGAAAACGGAGAGGGUAAAGUGAGUUCGGGUUCAGCAUGGGAGAACCCUGCAGCUGAGAGAGGAAAGGCCGAUUGGGAGGUGGUUCUGGUGGAAUCAGUAAGCAAUUUGUCAAUGCAGCAGGUUGCGAUGGGAGGAGGGCUGGAUGCCUUGCUACUUAAUGGGAUGUAUGAUCAAGGGGAGGUGAAGCAGCAUUUUGAGGCCUCCCGGAUGAUUGGUGGGAGCGCAAGCAGUGUGGCAUUGCCCGGGCAGAUGAGUGGAGGGGCGACAGAGGUGCUGGCGUUGCCCCCCGCACCUGAUGUGGCCCAGAAGGACCCCUUUGCCGCGUCCCUCUCAGUGCCUCCGCCAGCAUAUGUGCAGAUGGCGGACUUGGAGAUGAAACGGGAGCUGCUCGCGCAGGAGCAGCAGCUGUGGCAGCGGCAAGCAAGCAACGGGAUGCAAGGGCAGUUGAUGUAUGGGUGUUAUGGUGGUGGUGGUGGUGGUGCUAUGCCGCAGCAUGUUGGGUUGAAGCAGCAGCAGCAGGGGGCUUACUACUGAAGUAUAUCUAUCUAUAUGGCUCUGUGUUGGUAGAUUUGUUUUCUUUAAGAUCACAAUUUUUGUGGGGUGGAAAUAAGGUUGAUUCCAUUUUGGCAAUGUUCAUCGUAGCAAAUGCUCCUCGCUUCUUGGACAUGGGAAUUAGUUGUGUUUCAAUAAAUUCCUUUCUUGUGUUUCAACAAAUGUAGUGUUUUAUUGAGUAAGCACACAAGCACUCAUUCUAUUUUAGACUAAAUUGUGGUCAUUUCUAUUUUCGG